AUGGGGCUAAGAGUUGCCAGCCUUAUUACGCUUUGGCUGGCUCUUUCCUAUGCAAAUGAAAUAAGAAAAGGAAGGACAAGAAACCAUGGCCACUCCGUCUGCAGCACUUGGGGAAACAACCAUUUCAAAACUUUCGAUGGAGACAUCUAUCAGUACCCUGGCAUUUGCGAGUAUAAUUUUGCUUCUGACUGCCGAGAGUCUUACAAGGAGUUCUCUGUCCACAUUCAGCGUGCUCUGAAUAGCAAUAACCACCCUGAAAUCCAGUAUAUUCUGAUAACAAUCAAGGACUUUACAAUGUACCUCAGGCCAAAACUGGCUGUGGUGGAUGGGCAUAUUGUGAAGACACCUUACUACAGCUCUGGUGUGCUCAUUGAGAGCGAUGACAUUUACACUAAGGUUUAUGCCAAGUUAGGCCUGACUCUGAUAUGGAAUCAGGAAGAUGCACUGAUGGUGGAGCUGGACAGCAAAUUUAAUAACCAUACAUGUGGUCUCUGCGGGGAUUACAAUGGAGUUCCAAUCUACAAUGAGUUUAUCAAUGGACCUGCAAGCUACAAUUCAAUUACAUACGGGAAUUUACAGAAGAUCAGCAAACCCAAUGCCAAAUGUGAAGAUCCUGAUGAAACUCAGGCUCUUCCAAACUGUAAUGAGCAUCGUGAUGAGUGUGAGAGGUUGCUAACUUCCUCUGCAUUUGCUGACUGUCGGUUACGCCUUAAUUUGGAAAUAUACAUCCAAGCCUGCAUGCAGGACAAGUGUGCAUGUAAUGGACACGAGGACUCCUUCUGCCUCUGCAGCACCAUCUCUGAGUAUUCUCGCCAGUGCUCACACGCAGGUGGCCGCCCGGGUGAAUGGAGGACACAGUACUUCUGCCCCAAGUCCUGUCCCGAUACCAUGGUCUACAGAGAAAGCAGCUCACCCUGCAUGGACACUUGCUCACACUUGGAGAUCAGCAGCCUGUGUGAGGAACACUACAUGGAUGGUUGUUUCUGCCCCGAAGGAACUGUGUAUGAUGAUGUUACGGAAAAAGGCUGCAUACCUGUUAGCCAGUGCCACUGCAAGCUCCAUGGAAAGGAGUACUCACCCGGAGAAAGCAUUACCAAUGAAUGUGAAGAGUGCACCUGUAAUUCAGGCAGAUGGACGUGCAAAGAUUUACCCUGUCCAGGCACAUGUUCAGUUGAAGGAGGUUCCCAUAUCACCACCUUUGAUGGGAAGAAAUACACCUUCCAUGGAAACUGUUACUAUGUGUUGGCCAAGGGUACUGUGAGUGACAGCCAUUCUCUCCUGGCAGAGCUGGCUCCCUGUGGCUCCACAGACAGGCAGACAUGUUUGAAGACUGUUGUGUUGUUGGUAGACCACAAAAAAAAUGUGGUGGUUUUCAGAUCAGACGGCAGUGUGUUACUGAAUGAGAUGACAGUGAACGUGCCUCAUGUGUCAGCCAGCUUCUCAGUAUUCAAGCCAUCUUCCCACUACCUUAUCGUACAAACUUCUUUUGGGCUUCAACUGCAGAUCCAAUUGUUUCCAGUCAUGCAGCUGUUUGCGACUGUGGAUCAAUCAGUUCAAGGAAAACUUCAAGGUCUUUGUGGAAACUUUAAUGGAAUGGAGGGUGAUGACUUUAAAACUACUAGUGGGCUGGUAGAAGCUACAGGAUCUGCCUUUGCUAACACAUGGAAAGCUCAGUCCACCUGCAAAGACCAGGCAGAAAAGCUGGAAGACCCCUGCAGUCUCAGCAUUGAAAGUGAAAAUUAUGCUGAGCAUUGGUGUUCUUUGCUGAAAAACCCAGAGGGUCCAUUUGCAAGAUGUCACUUAGUCAUUGAUCCUUCAGAAUACUACAAGAAAUGUAAAUACGACACCUGCCUCUGUGAAGACAAUGAAGAAUGCUUGUGUGCUGCCCUGUCCUCUUACUCAAGGGCCUGUGCUUUCAAAGGGAUCAUACUGGGAGGCUGGAGAAAGAGUAUCUGCACUAAUGAAGUGUCUGCCUGUCCAGGAAAUCAAAUCUUCCUUUACAAUCUUACAAUGUGUCAGCAAACCUGUCGUUCCCUUGCUGAUGGUGAAAAACAUUGCUUGCAAGACUUUGCUCCUGUGGAUGGCUGUGGCUGCCCAUAUAAUACAUACCUGGAUAACCAGGGUACCUGUGUGCCCAUCUCCAAGUGUCCCUGUUACUACAAGGGAUCAUACCUGGAACCAGGGGAAUACAUCAGAAAAGAUGGAGAACGUUGUGUGUGCCGAGAUGCAAAGGUCCAUUGUACUUCAGUGACAACAGGAAAGAAAAAUACAACAGCGUGUUCUUCUAACAAGAGGUACUUUGACUGCAGCACAUCCCCAAAGUGGACUUCGCAAACACCUCUACAAUUUAGCUGUCAUACUCCUCGAGCUGAUCAUUUCCAGUCAGAGUGUGUCUCAGGCUGUGUGUGUCCUGAAGGUCUAUUUGAUGAUGGCAAAGGUGGCUGUGUUGAGCAGAAAGACUGCCCAUGCAUCCAUAACAACCAGUGGUAUUCUUCUGGACAGCAGAUAACAGUGGACUGCAACACCUGUGUCUGCCAAAAAGGGUCUUGGAGCUGCACUGAGUAUGUGUGCUAUGGGACUUGUACAAUAUAUGGAAGUGGCCAUUAUAUCACCUUUGAUGGAAAAUUCUACGACUUUGAUGGAAGAUGUGACUAUGUGGCUACUCAGGAUUUUUGUGGUGACAGGAAUUCCAGUGGCUCGUUCAGUAUCAUCACAGAGAAUGUCCCUUGUGGAACUACAGGAGUCACCUGCUCAAAGGCUAUUAAAAUGUUUCUAGGGAAAACUGAACUGAAAUUGGAGGAUAAAGAUUAUAAAGAAAAUCAGCGAGAUACUGGUGAUGAUGUGCGUUAUUGGAACAGGACAGUCGGCCUCUACCUCGUUAUUGAGGCUAGCAAUGGUGUGAUGCUUAUCUGGGAUAAGAAGACUACUGUUUUCAUCAAGCUGACCCCUGAUUACAAAGGCAAAGUGUGUGGUUUGUGUGGCAACUUCGAUGACAAGUCUAACAACGACUUUACAACAAGGAGUGGGGUGCAGGAGACUAAUGCUCUGAAGUUUGGGAAUUCCUGGAAACAGUCUGCCACGUGCCCAGAUGUCACAGAAGAGAUUAAGCCCUGUGAUGUGAAACCACACAGGGAGUCCUGGGCAAAGAAAGAAUGCAACAUCAUCCGGAGUAAAGUCUUUGAAAUUUGUCACUCUAAGGUGGACCCAAAUCCUUUCUAUGACGCCUGUGUUCAUGAUGCCUGCUCUUGUGACAGUGGUGGAGACUGUGAGUGCUUCUGUUCCGCGGUUGCUGCAUACGCUCAGGAAUGUACCAAGGCUCAGGCCUGUGUUUUCUGGAGAACUCCUGAUAUAUGCCCGAUAUUUUGUGACUACUACAACCCUCGUAAUGAGUGCGACUGGCACUAUGAACCUUGUGGCAGUAAUGUCACAACCUGCAGGAUGAUUAAUAAUGUCAGCACCAACUUUACAAUGCCAUACCUGGAAGGUUGCUACCCCAGAUGCCCUCCAGACAAGCCUUUUUAUAAUGAAGCGACAAAGGAAUGUGUGCCUGAAGAUCUGUGUUGGUGUUACAUCGAUGGAAUUCAUGUGGCCCCUGGGGAGCAGAUACCCACAGAAGACAACUGUACACAAUGUGUCUGUGGUCCCUCAGGAUCCAUACAGUGUACACCACUCCCAGGCUGUCCUUGUGUCAUCAAUGGAACAAGUUAUGAAGUGGGUGAAGUUGUGGCACAAAUACAAGAUGGCAACAUAUGUAUAAUAUACAUUUGUGCAGAAAAUGGUUCUGUAAUUGUUGGAAGUACUUUUCCUUGUCCGACAUCUACUUCACCUACAACCCUUUCAACCUCUUUUCCUACCAGUACUCUUACCACCACAGUUAUGUCUACAAGACCUCCAGUAACUAUAACUCCAUGCUUUGGAUUAAUCUGUAACUGGACUGAGUGGUUUGAUGUUAGUAAACCUGAAGAAGAUGGUGGUGACUAUGAAACCUAUGAUGCAAUAAGAAAUGAACAUGGAGACAAAAUAUGUGAAGCUCCUGAAAAAAUUGAAUGCAGGGCUAAAGAAAAGCCCGAUGUGAGCUUAGAGGAACUUGGCCAGAAAGUAGAAUGUAAUGUUACAUAUGGACUAAUCUGUAAGAAUGAGGAGCAAGAUCCAACUAUGUGGCAACUUUGCUAUAAUUAUGAAAUUAGGGUAAACUGUUGUGAGUGGCAUGAAAUUCCUUGUGAGACUCCACCAACUCUAACACCAUCUUCAACAACCACCAGCACAACAGUACUCACCACCACUACCACCAGGCGGCCAACAGCAAGUACCACCACGCCCAUACCCACCCCAACCAUCACAAGCGAAUUCACACCAUCAGUCACCACCCCAGUAACUUCAACCUCUCCAGCCCCAUCUUCAUCCACAACGAGCACAGUGUCCUCUACACCUGUAUCGACAACCACUACCCCGCUAACACCACCGGAGAUUCCCAGCAGCACCACGAUGCCCCCCACCAGCACCAGCAGCAGCACCACGAUGCCCCCCACCAGCACCACCAGCAGCACCACCAGCAGCACCAGCAGCACCACGAUGCCCCCCACCAGCACCACCAGCAGCACCACAGGGAAAACGACGACUGUUACUGUCACAACAACACGACCCCCAACUACUCCAAACUGUGAAUGCAUCUGGACGGACUGGAUUGACGUGAGCUACCCAAAUAGUUCUGACAGAAACAGUGGUGACUAUGAAACCUUUGAGAAUAUUCUGAAGCACAACUCCUCCUGGGUGUGCGCAAAAGCUGAGAAUAUUUCAUGCAGAGCGGAGCGAUUCCCUGAGGUUAACAUUGAAGAUUUAGGGCAGAAAGUGGAGUGCGAUGUUAACACAGGGCUCAUCUGUAACAACAGUGAUCAGGUCAUGGGAGGUAUAGUACCAAUGCCUGUCUGCCUUAAUUAUGAGAUCAGUCUCUGCUGCGUUCCUGACAUACCAGAGUGUAUUACAAGUACCACCACGAGUACCACGACAGCACCACCUUCGUCCACAACAAGCACAGUGUCUUCUACACCUGUAUCAACAACCACUCCCACACCAACACCACCGGAGACUCCCAGCAGCACCACCAGCACCAUGAUGCCCCCCAGCAGCACCACCAGCACCAUGAUGCCCCCCAGCAGCACCACCAGCAAGGAAACAACAACUCAACCAGGAACACCAACAAAGACAACUACUACAGUUACCCCUUCAUCUACCCCAUCGACAACAACUAGAACGACAGAAACUGAAAGUACAGUGUCCACGAAAAGCACCACUAGUCAACAGUCAACACCACCAGGACCAACAACCCCAGUGCCAGUCACCACUACUGGAGUCACUGAAACAGGAUCAACCACCAAAACCACCCCUUCGACACCCACACCCUCAUCACCCACACCCCACAGCACCACAACAGUGACGCCAACAUCUACCCAGGAGACCACUACCACCGGGACAGGGAGCCCUCCAACAGGAACGUCUACUGCCACCAUCAGCACCACCACCUCUGCACCGUCUUCCCCAGUGUCUACAGCCAGCACUACCCUAACACCACCACCAGGACCAACAACCUCAGUGCCAGUCACAACCUCUGGUACAACUCCAACACAAUCUUUUACCACUACUUCAGGAACAACCUCUGUUAGUGUUACGACAGUCACUGCAACCACUACCACCUCGGAAAUUACUUCACCUGUCUCAACUACUACUUCUGGCCCAACUGCAACUUCUAGUGCAGUCACUGUUGUAGGGAGUUCUACGUACAGCACAGUUACUCCACCUGGUUUAAUUACAAGUCCACCAUCAAGCACUCCUGGAAAAAAUUGUUCUAUUUUACCUAAUGAAUCUUAUGCACCAGGUGAGUCGUGGUGGCUCUGUGAGUGCUUUCAGGCUAUAUGUAUAGAGGACAAUAUAAUCCAGGUGGUUCCCAUAGUCUGUAAUCCACCUCCUAAACCUACAUGUGCCAAUGGGCUUUCUCCUGUGCAAGUCAUUGAUAAGGAUGGAUGCUGUUGGCACUGGGAGUGUGAUUGCUACUGCACUGGCUGGGGAGACCCACAUUACAUGACUUUUGAUGGACUGUACUACAGUUAUCAAGGGAAUUGUACAUACGUCCUUGUGGAGGAGAUUAAUAAGAAAGUUGACAACUUUGGUGUCUACAUCGAUAACUACCAUUGUGAUACACGGGAUGUAGUCUCCUGUCCUCGAACACUCAUUGUGAGACACGAGACUCAGGAAGUGCGCAUGGCAACAGUCAAACCAAAUACUCUACAAGUAGAGGUGACAGUAAACAAACAGGCAGUGGCUUUGCCUUAUAAAAAAUUUGGCUUGAAUAUCUAUGAGUCAGGAAUAAAUCGUGUAGUGGAAAUCCCUGAACUAAAGAUGAAUGUGACCUACAACGGCUUGUCCUUUUCCAUCAGAAUGCCCUACAGCCUGUUUGGUAACAACACUCAUGGACAGUGUGGUACUUGCAAUAACAACACGGCAGAUGACUGCAUGUUGCCGAAUGGAAAAAUUGCAGAAAACUGUCAAACCAUGGCAGAUCAUUGGCAAGUUGUUGAUCCCUCCAAACCACAGUGCUCUCCAGGCCUGAUUCCUACCAAAGCACCUAUCACAACCCCAGUGAAGCCUUGCAAAGAAUCUCUCAUCUGCGAGCUACUUCUGGGAAGUGUGUUUGAGCCAUGCCAUGGCUUUGUCCAGCCUGAAAAGUACUAUGCAGCCUGCGUUUUUGAUAGCUGUGUGCUUCCCAACUUAGACCUGGAAUGCUCAAGUCUGCAGAUCUAUGCUGCCACCUGUGCUGAUCAAAGUGUGUGCAUUGACUGGAGAAGUCACACCAAUGGUGUUUGCUGCACUUAUAAAUGCCCCUCAGAUAAAGAAUACAGAGCAUGUGGUCCUCUUAUAGAGACAACCUGCAAAUCAAGUCAACAAAACGAAACUUCAACUAAACAAGUGGAGGGCUGUUUCUGUCCUAAUGGAACAAUGCUGUAUGACUCUGGUGUGGACGUCUGCGUGAAAACCUGUGGCUGUGUUGGAGUGGAUAAGAUACCAAGAGAGUUUGGGGAAAGGUUUACUAUAGACUGUCAGGACUGUAUUUGCCUGGAAGGUGGAAGUGGCAUUGUGUGUGAGCCUCAUGAAUGUGCCAAACCAAAUAAGACCAGUUGUGACGGAGAAGGCUUCUAUGAGGUCAAUGAAGUCAAUUCUGAAGACUUCUGCUGCCCCAUCGUCACCUGUAAAUGCAAUACAAGCUUGUGCACAGCUAAAGCCCCCAAAUGUAAACUGGGAUUUGAAGUUCAUUCUCAUAUUCCCAGUGGUCAUUGCUGUCCUGUGUACGAGUGUGUUCCCAAAAGGGUUUGUGUACAUCAGAAUGCUGAGUUCUUGCCCAAUUCCUCAGUCUUUGUGGAUAAAUGUCAGAAUUGUUUCUGCACUAAUGAAGUUAAUGUCAGCACUCAACUGAACAUAAUCUCAUGUGAACAUAUUCCGUGCAACACAUACUGUGAACCGGGAUAUGAACAUCAACCAGUGCAAGGUGAAUGUUGUGGAAAAUGUGUGCAGACUAAGUGUGUUAUACGUACAGCACAUAAUUCGCAACUCAUUUUGAGUCCUGGAGAGUUUAAAAAUGAUCCCUACAACAACUGCACCAUUUAUAGCUGUGUAAAAGUCCACAACCAAUUUGUCUCUUCCACAUCUGAGAUUACCUGCCCAGCAUUCAAUGAGGAAAGCUGCAAACCUGGAACAAUUACAUUCUUACCUAACGGUUGUUGCAAAACCUGUGCACCUCUGGAUAGUACAUCACCAUGCACUGUCCGUGAGAGAAAAGACUUCAUUGUCCAUAAGGGCUGCCGUUCUGUGGACAGAGUUGUCAUGACUGAAUGUGAAGGAACAUGUGGAACCUUCUCACUAUACUCUGCUGAGGCCAAUUCCAUGGACCACAAAUGUUCCUGCUGCAGGGAAUCAAAGACUACUGUGAAGAAAGUGAUCCUGAAAUGCCCUAAUGGGCAUUCCAUUUCCCAUAAGUAUAUAUAUGUGGAAAGCUGCAGCUGCCAAGACACCACAUGCGGCACAUCACACUCUAGAGAGUCGCAGAGCAAAGAAGAAAAUGACACUUUGAACCGUAUCAAGAGGGCCAUCAGCUUAACAUCACAGUGA